AUGAGCCCUUCGAUCAAGCUCAUUCACGAGCAACCAAAUGUCGAAAAUACAAUCCUAUAUCAUGCGUACAGGGCUUCGAGCCCAGCUCGCUUUAGCUCUGGGGAUGAUGACAAGUUUAUCAUGUAUGGAGGGUCAGGACUGUGCAGCAUAAUAAGCGGCACAUUACGAAAUUUCACUCUGGAUCAGUGUUCAAUAUUUGUUCUUAGCUCGUGCUUUAUCAUAUGGUCUGAGACGGACGGCUUGGGAUUUGAGAUACCGUAUCAAUCAAUAUAUCUUCAUGCAUUGGAUGAUACAGGGAUGCUAUAUUUGCAGAUUGAGAAUAACAGGUUACAUGAGUCGGAUGAGAACACGGUAGAGCUUCGACUAUUACCAAAUCAAGAAGACUCAUCAAGCUUGAGUAAUCCACUCUUUCGUGAAAUGAACGGCGGAGCAUUAGAUAUUUACCAUGCCAUGAACACUUGUUCUGCAAUGCACCCUGACCCGGAUGAUGAAAAUGAAGAAGAAGAAGAACAUUCUGAGUUACCUCUAGCGAUUCCAAGCAAUUGGCUAGAGAAAGAAUUUAUCGCAAAUUCCGGGCAAGCUGACGACUUGAAUGAUUAUGAGAUCAGAGACGGGCAUGCAGGUAUGAGUGUAGGCAUCGGAUACGGCCCUAUAGCUGGUAUCAAGCGAGAUGCGGGUGGUGAUGAACGGGCGGGUAGUGGGCUUCCAAAUAAAAGAAAUCGAACUCUCCAAUGA